AUUGGAUUACUUGCGUGAAACCGACAAACAGUCUGACAGAUUCGUUGUCGGAACAAGGAACUAGGUUCACUCGUCACACCGAGCCUUCAUUUACCUUCAAACGGAGAUGGCGCAGUGGUGCAAGCUUCAGCUGCUGGACUCCAAGUACUUGGAGCAGGUAGACCAGCUGUAUGACGACUCCUUCCCCAUGGACAUCAGACAGUACCUGAGCAAGUGGAUUGAGAGCAUAGACUGGGAUGCCGUGUCAGCCCAAGAUUCAUUAGCCACCGUUCGCUUUCAUGACCUCCUGGCCCAGUUGGACGACCAACACAGCCGCUUUGCCCUGGCAAAUAACUUCCUGCAGCAACACAACUUCCGCAAGAUCAAGAGGAACCUUCAGGAUAGAUUCCAGGAAGACCCAGUCCACAUGGCCAUGAUCAUCUCCAAAAAUCUGAAAGAUGAGCGCUUCAUCCUUGCCAAUGCAAAGAGUGCAAUGGAAGGUGAGGACACUAUGUCAGCCAUGGUGGUGGAGAAACAGAAGCUGGACAGCAAAGUGAAAGAGAUGAGAGACCAAGCUCAGAUGGUAGAUCAGAACAUCAAAAAUGUGGAAGAUCUGCAAGAUGAAUACGACUUCAAGUUAAACACGUGGCGGAGCAGAGAAAAUGAACUUAAUGACAUGAUGCCAAAGGAAGUGGAGAGGGAGAAGCUGAUCAUCGGUAGGAUGUGCUUGGAGCUGAAAGCCAAACGGCAGGAAGUGGUGUUCAAGCUGACUGAGCUCUUGAACAUCACUCAGGCUUUACUGACAGACCUGAUCUCUGAGGAGCUGCCCGAGUGGAAGCAGCGGCAGCAGAUUGCCUGCAUCGGUGGACCACCCAACGCUUGCCUGGACCAGCUGCAGAAUUGGUUCACCACGGUAGCAGAGACACUUCAACAGGUCCGGCAGCAUCUGAAGAAACUGCAAGAACUGGAGCAGAAGUUCACUUAUGAAUGCGACCCCAUCACCCAGAAGAAAGAUUUCCUUGAGGCCCGAGUUCUGGAGCUCCUAAAGCACCUCCUCACCAAUGCUUUGGUUGUGGAGAGGCAACCCUGCAUGCCCACCCACCCACAGAGACCACUGGUGCUGAAAACCUGCAUCCAGUUCACGGUAAAACUGCGGUUCCUGGUGAAGCUGCCCGAGUUUAACUACCAGCUCAAAGUCAAGGCUGUGUUUGACAAGGAUGUGACAGACAAGAAAGGGUUCCGCAAGUUCAACAUCCUGGGAACGAACACCAAAGUUAUGAACAUGGAGGAGUCCAACGGCAGCCUGGCAGCAGAGUUCAGACAUCUGCAAUUAAAAGAACAGAAAGUGACAGGAAAUCGAAACAAUGAGGCACCGCUGGUCGUCACAAAUGAGCUCCACUUGCUGAGCUUUGAGGCGCUUCUGCAGCUCGGCCAGUCUGGAAUGACCAUCCAACUGGAGGCGCUGUCUCUGCCCCUGGUGGUGAUCUCCAACGUGUGCCAGCUGCCCAGCGGCUGGGCGUCCAUCCUGUGGUACAACAUGCUGACCAGUGAGCCCAAGAACCUGCAGUUCUUUUUGGCUCCUCCGGCGGCAAAGUGGUCUCAGCUCUCCGAGGUUCUCAGCUGGCAGUUCUCCUCCGUCACUAAGCGAGGCUUGAGCCAGGAGCAGCUGAACAUGCUGGCCGACAAGCUGCUGGGUUCCAAAGCUGACAGGAACCCAGAUGGGCUCAUACACUGGAACAAGUUCUGCAAGCCACUAAACAACAAUGACAAAGCAAAUUCCUUCUGGUUGUGGAUUGAAGGCAUCCUGGAUCUGAUUAAGAGACACCUGCUUUCUCCCUGGAAUGACGGCUUCAUCAUGGGAUUCAUCAGCAAGGAGCGUGAAAAGGCUCUGCUGAGCGACAAAUGUCCGGGGACCUUCUUGCUCAGGUUCAGUGAGAGCAGCAAAGAAGGAGCCAUUACCUUCACGUGGAUCGAACAUGACAUGCACAACAAGCCCAUCUUCCACUCGGUGGAACCCUACUCAAAGAAAGACCUGAAUGCAGUCCCGCUGGCCGACAUCAUCCGCACCUACAAGGUGAUGGCGGCAGACGACAUCCCCGAUAAUCCGCUGCGCUUCCUCUACCCCGACAUUCCCAAAGACCUCGCAUUUGGGAAGUACUACAACAAAAGCUCAGAGUCUCCAGAGCCCAUGGACGUGGAGAACACGGAGAAGACCGGCUACAUGAAGACGGAGCUUAUUUCUGUCUCGGAAGUACAUCCGUCCCGCCUGCAGGAGAAGAUGAUGCCGAUGUCACCGGAGGUCUACAGGUUGUUGGAGCAGUCCGUCAGUCCCGCAGACCUCAACGAUGCAAUGAAUGCAGACUUUCAAGGUCAGAAGUGAGGAGGUGUGGACUUUCUUAAGAGGUCAUCAACACUUUGUGUUUAAUGUGCUUGCAUGCCAGCUCCUCUUUGUCUGUUAUUGGUGAAUUUUGUGUCAGGUCAGAGGAAAGACAGUUUGUAGCUUAGCAUAUAGCAUCCGGGUCAAACAUACCUGGAAUAUAUGGUUGAACAUUCAUUGAUAAUUCAGUUUAUCAAUGAAUCAAUGAGUUUAUCAAAUCAACAAAGUAUGGGUUUGUUUUCAUGGGAUGACUCAAGGAAAGCCUUAAAGUAGCUGGUAUCUGUUGUACUUAAUGUAUAUAGAAUGUAACGUACAAGUAAAAAGCAGGGUGUGUUGACCAGUUGACCUUUUUCCAAACUAUUUAUGAAGCAACAUAAAAUACCGCCACAUAACAAAUUGAAAAGUGUACUCGACAUUAUAGCAAUCAGAUUAUUGUAUUGGCACAGCGUAUGCACAGGCAGCGUGCUAGCAUGGUAUAUAAACAAAUAUGCACAUUAGCACCCAAUAACAUCAGCAAACCUUACCUUUAUGCAUUGUCAUGGAGUAUCAGUGAACAUGAAGUGAAUGAAAAACACAGUAUAAUAUAGUAUAGUAUACUAUAGUACAGUAUAAAUAUCAUUGUGACUGAAAUUUUGUUUGUGGUUGGGGACGAACCGGUGGUAGGGGACCCUACCACCCCACCCUUUACCAUUUAUUUACUUAAAUUUAUACAAACACAGAGUAUAACAUGGGUCAAAUGCAGGCCAGGGCUGGGUGGGGGAGGGGGGUCGCUUGCAGAGAUUUGUGUAAUUGAGAGAUUCCUCCAAUGUAAACUACUCCAAUGUUGUGUAUAUACCACAAAGAUCCCAACAACCAUUCUUAAAGGGGGCCAGGUUGGACCAAAAGUCAAUAUAUGUACAUUAGGGAUGUCCGACCAUAUCGGCCAUAAAUAAUUAUCCACCCAACAAUCUGAUAUCUGUUGAUAUCUGUAUUGGGACCUUCCCUAUAAAAUAUUAAGCAUGAUAGCAAACAUGACAAUAACUGUAAUGUACUCAAUUGUGAUAUGUAACCAUAAUCUUAUUGCCGACUUCACCAUCACUGUAAUAAAACCAACAGCAUGACAACACCA